AUGAUUGACAAGGUGGUUUCAGAGGAUCUUGGAAAAAUGGAUUAUCUGGAUUCCUUUCACUUGGGAUUCAGGCCCAGGCAUGGGCUAGAAUUGGUUGCACUUUCUAAUGACCUCUGGCUAAGGGAAGAUGGUGGUUGUGUAUCCAUCUUUGCCCUACUUGACCUCUCUGACAUUUUCAAUACCAUCAACCAUGUUCCUGGAAUUCUUAUUCACUCUAAAGUACGUCAGAACCUACAGAUUGAUUUGGAGCCAGAAGGAAGAGUGUACGUCAUCAUAGAUCUUUCAGGCUCUUCAGGUGAAGCACCCAAAGACAAUGAAGAAAGAGUAUUUAGGGAACGGAUGCGCCCCAGGAAGCGCCAGGGGGCAGUGCGACGCAGGGUCCAUCAGGUUAAUGGGCACAAGUUUAUGGCCACCUAUCUUAGACAACCAACCUAUUGUUCACACUGCCGAGACUUUAUAUGGGGAGUAAUAGGAAAACAAGGGUACCAAUGUCAAGUUUGUACUUGCGUAGUCCACAAGCGAUGCCAUGAGCUUAUAAUAACAAAGUGCGCUGGCUUGAAGAAGCAGGAAGCCCAUGAUGAGGUGGGUUCUCAGCGUUUCAGUGUCAACAUGCCUCAUAAGUUUAGCAUUCACAAUUACAAAGUGCCCACCUUCUGUGACCACUGUGGUUCAUUGCUUUGGGGUCUUCUGAGACAAGGUUUACAAUGCAAAGUUUGCAAGAUGAAUGUACAUAGACGCUGUGAAACAAACGUAGCACCCAACUGUGGAGUAGAUGCUAGAGGAAUAGCUAAAGUACUUGCGGAUCUUGGCGUUACUCCAGAUAAGAUCACUAAUAGCGGACAAAGGAGGAAGAAGCUUGUUCCAGGUGCAGAAUCUCAACCGCCAGUUCCUGGAUCCUCACCAGGAGAAGAUGACAGAUCAAAGUCAGCACCAACUUCCCCAUGUGAUCAAGAAAUCAAAGAGCUUGAAAAUAACAUUAGGAAAGCAUUAUCAUUUGACAAUCGGGGAGAAGAACAUAGGGGAGCAGCAACCAGCUCAACUGACAGCCAACUUAACAUAUCUGGGGAGAAUGGGGAAAAUGGAGAAGUCAAAGCUCAGACAAAGCGAAUGGGCCUGGAGGAAUUUAACUUCAUUAAAGUAUUAGGAAAAGGCAGCUUUGGAAAGGUCAUGCUGGCGGAACUCAAAGGUAAAGAUGAAGUAUAUGCUGUAAAAGUCUUAAAGAAAGAUGUCAUUCUUCAAGAUGAUGAUGUGGACUGUACAAUGACAGAAAAGCGGAUUCUGGCAUUAGCACGAAAGCAUCCUUAUUUAACACAGCUCUAUUGCUGCUUCCAGACCAAGGACCGCCUAUUUUUCGUCAUGGAAUAUGUCAACGGAGGAGACCUAAUGUUUCAGAUUCAACGUUCACGCAAAUUUGACGAGCCUCGCUCCCGCUUCUAUGCAGCAGAAGUCACAUCGGCACUCAUGUUUUUACAUCAACAUGGCGUCAUCUACAGGGACCUGAAACUGGACAAUAUUCUUUUGGAUGCAGAAGGUCAUUGCAAACUGGCUGACUUUGGAAUGUGCAAGGAAGGAAUCUUGAAUGGAGUAACGACUACUACCUUUUGUGGAACACCAGACUACAUAGCUCCAGAGAUCCUCCAGGAAUUAGAAUAUGGUCCUUCCGUAGACUGGUGGGCACUGGGGGUACUCAUGUAUGAAAUGAUGGCCGGACAGCCUCCCUUUGAAGCUGAUAAUGAAGAUGACCUCUUUGAGUCUAUCCUCCACGAUGAUGUGCUAUAUCCAGUAUGGCUUAGCAAAGAAGCUGUCAGCAUUUUGAAAGCUUUCAUGACAAAAAACCCAAACAAACGUCUGGGCUGUGUGGCAUCUCAGAACGGUGAAGAUGCCAUUAAACAGCAUCCAUUCUUCAAAGAAAUUGACUGGGUUCUUCUAGAACAAAGGAAAAUUAAGCCACCUUUCAAACCUCGGAUUAAAACCAAAAGGGAUGUAAAUAACUUUGAUCAAGACUUUACACGAGAAGACCCAAUAUUAACAGCGGUGGAUGAGACAAUUAUAAAGCAAAUCAACCAAGAAGAAUUUAAAGGCUUCUCAUAUUUUGGAGAAGAGCUGCUGCCAUAA